UCUCACACACUCUCUCUCACUUCGUCGCGCUCUUCCAUUUACUCUCCCCGCCAAUUCCCAUUCUUGUUCUUCUUCACCUUUCAGAAUUUUUAACCCCAAAUAUCCACUUAGGGUUAUGUUUCUCUAAUUAAAGAAUUCGAUUUCUCGUUUAUGUGUUGUUCACUGGUUUUCUGACACCACAAUUGAGUUGAAGGGACGGGCAGUACAUUGUAUAAUAUAGUUUUGAAUUUGUUAGCUGAUCAGGUCUUCUGGAGAAGAUCUGAGAGUGUAAUUUGUGAAAGUAAAAAUGAGCGCUUCGAGAUUCAUAAAGUGCGUCACUGUGGGCGAUGGUGCUGUUGGCAAGACCUGUCUUUUGAUUUCCUACACCAGCAAUACUUUCCCCACGGACUAUGUACCUACUGUAUUUGAUAAUUUCAGUGCAAAUGUCAUUGUCAAUGGAAGCACUGUUAACCUAGGCCUCUGGGAUACUGCUGGACAGGAGGACUAUAACAGAUUAAGACCUUUGAGUUAUCGUGGAGCUGAUGUUUUCAUUUUGGCAUUUUCUCUCAUUAGCAAGGCAAGCUAUGAAAAUGUUUCCAAGAAGUGGAUUCCUGAGUUGAAGCAUUAUGCUCCUGGUGUCCCUAUAGUUCUUGUGGGAACAAAACUUGAUCUUCGAGAUGACAAACAAUUCUUUGUUGACCAUCCUGGCGCUGUACCAAUCACUACAGCUCAGGGGGAGGAGCUACUUAAAGUGAUUGGGGCACCUGCUUAUAUUGAAUGUAGUUCAAAAACACAGCUGAAUGUGAAAGGACUUUUUGACGCUGCAAUUAAGGUUGUGCUCCAGCCGCCAAAACAGAAGAAAAAGAAGGGACGGGCUCAAAAGGCCUGCUCUAUAUUAUGAGGCUAUUACAUUGGAUCUUAAUUGUAUUCAUCUCCUUUGUCUUAUUCUAUCUUCCUUCGCCUCAGAGGAAGUCGGAGGUCCUCUUCUUUGUUAAAGUAUUGGUGGCUUGGUUUCUCUUGGUAUCAAUUGUUGAGUCACACAGUAGCGACUACAUUGCUCUCGGUAUCAAUUGUUGGUGUCAUGGUUUUUAUUUCUAUGUAUUGACCGAACAAAAAUUCCUUUUGGAGAACACAUUUGCCUUGCAACUUUGUGUAAUAUUAUUCAGUUCUUAUGAAUGUUGAAGCAAAUCACAAUUCGAUUC